GGGAGGAAGGGCAGCCGUCAGAACCAGACAUGGAUUGGCAUCCCACUGGUGCUGACGUGGCAGCAGCUGGAAGGGGAGGGAUGGGCAUGGGAGGUCAGAGUGGGGAGUAUGCUGCCACGUUAGGGUUUACUGUAGAUGCUGACGUGGCAGGCAUGGCAAGAGCUGUGAUGGCGUGGGGAAGGCAGCAGGUGGGGGAGGGCGCUUCCUCUCUGCCCGAUGCUGCCACCAUGCCUGAGCCUGCUGCUGCUGGUGUGGCUGCUGCUGCUGCUGCUGCUGCUGCUGCUGCAGGUGGUGGUGGUUGGGGGACAGAAGGGGAAGUGAGAGGAGCAGUGGGGGGGAAGGGAGCAGGCUGGGGGAGGGCAGGGGGGAGGGGAGCGGGGAAAGGGGACGGUGGUGCUGCUGUGGGGGGAAGAGCAAAGCGGGGCAGGGUGGGGGAGGGUGGCUCGGAGGCUGGUGGGGGCAGUGCAGGGGAAGAGGCGGGGGAGGGGGGAGAGCGGGGGGAAGGUGGGGAUGGUUGGGCAGGCGGGGUGGAGGACGCUGGUGGAGUAGCAGUGGUGGCAUCACAGGUUGCUGCUGCUGCGGCUGUUGCUGCUGCUGCCAAGGAGAGGCCUCCAGCAAAAGUGAGUGACAGUGCAAUAACCGCACGUGAGGUGCUGUGUCAAAUCUCGUUUGGUUCAUGCGGUGAGCUCGGUGGCAGCGGGGGAGAGGGGGCAGGCGAUGCGCGCAUGUACACGGCGAAUGGGGGGUUGAGGCGCAAGCACCACCGGCCGUGGACGCUGCGGGAGGUGAUGAUCCUGGUGGAUGGCGUGGCGCGGUGCGGCGGGGGCAAGUGGGCCGACAUCAAGAAGCUUGCUUUUGCUUCCAUUGGCUACCGCACUGCCGUUGACCUCAAGGACAAGUGGCGCAAUCUCCUACGUGCAAGCAAGAUGGCACUCCAGCCACCCAAAGAGGGCGAGCAGCGCAAGAAGGCGGUGUCGGCGUCCAUCCCGCCCGCCGUGCUGGCGCGUGUGAGGGAGCUGGCACAGCAGCAGGAGGCCCAGGCACACCUCAAGCUGCACGCCUCCGCUGCCGGGGGCGGUGCAGUAGCGGGCAUGGCGGGGUCGCUGUCGGGCGACGAGUUGGCGAACGGCAAGGCGUUGGUGCCGUUCCUGCAGCGCGCCGAUGAGCUUCAGAAGCACGACCCGCUCGUCGCUUACUACUGUCGGCUGUACGCCAUGGACAAGGGGCUGCGCGUGCCCAGCAAGGAGCGCAGCCAGGCCGUCAACGCGCUGCUCGUCUCCAUCAUGAGCCGCCUCGAAAAGGACAAGGCAGCGCUGCAGCUGUCCCCAGACGACGGGCUGCACGUGGAGGGCUUCGCGCAGCGCGUGUUCAGCAAGGCGGACAAGCAGGACCGCGCCGGCCGCGCUGACAUGUGCGUUGUAGCGCAUGGCGUGCCGUGGCGUGGAGGGAUUGUUGGCACUAGUGCUCCGCACGGCGCCAUGACCUCUGCUCACCAUGCCUUCCCACCCGCCCACCGCACUCACACCACACGCUAUCCUUGCCACUUCACCAUAUCACACGCACAGAACCGCUCAUCCCAAACCUUCUUCUCUUCCACUCCUUCCCCUCCCCCCCUCCUUCCCCUCACCCCCCUUGUCCCUUCCCCCCAUGUGCGUGGCAGGGGCACGGCCAAGACGUUCUAUGCGGCGGGGAUAUUCUUUGAAGUGUGCCGCCAGUUUGGGGAGCUCGCUCCUGAGGUGGAGCAGAAGCAGCGCUAUGCGGUGUGGAAGGCGGCGGAUAUUCGCAGGGCGCUGGCGGACGGCAGGCGCCCCACUCCUGGCCCGCCAGGGGGCGACGCUGAUGCUGCUGCUGCCAAUGCUCCUGCUCUCACCGAUGCUGCUGCUUCUGCAUCAGCCCCGGCCAUGGCCCCGCCAGCAGCGCCGUCGUUCCCCUCAGCUGACUCCCUGGAUGCCAUUGCCACAGGUGGUGCUGGCAGGCUGCAGGUGGCGAGGCCGGUGGGAGGUGGGAGCGCUGCCAUGCAGCCCAACCCUCAUGCCCAAGCGAAUCUAUAUUCCCAGGGCCACGGGGACUACUCGCAAGCACCCCAGGGGCAGGCAGCACAGGCGGCACAGGCAUGGCAGCAGAGCACACUUCAGCAAGACAGCGGUGCUGCUGCUGCCAACCCAGGUGCGGGGGCAGCAGGGGGUACCUCUGGGGCACUCCCAUCGCAGGCGUCUCCACAUUCGGGGUACGGUGGAGGUGGUGGGGGUGUGGCGUCAGGCGGAGGAGCAAGAGCAGGGCAGAAUGUUGCAUCAGCAGCAAAUGGGUCUACGGCGACGGGCAGCUUCUCAAACUCUCAAGGCCCAGGGCCUCGCGAGAUAGCUGAUGCGCACAAGGCGGCUCGAUAUGCCGUGAGUGCGCUUGCGGGCAUGGCAGAAACCGAGGCCUCACCGCAUUUUACGGCGUCGCUUGACACGUAUGUGUUGCGGCCGUUGCAGCGCGCUUCGUCCAUCAUGGGGUCGGGCGAUCUUUGGCAGCGCGCCGCCGAUAUGGAUGAAGUCGUCGCAGAGGCGCACAGCUCUGUCGCGAACACCGCUGCGACGACGACAAACGAAGGGGCUGCGACAGGGAAGAAGUGGAGCGUGAUGGGGUCGACAGCGCGCAAGGUGCAGCGGAUGCUGUUUGCGGAUAAAUCCGACAGAUCGGCUUCUAUCGCGGACAGAAAGACCAAGCGCCUGCUGCCGUCGCUCCUCUCGAGCGCUCGCCGUCAGGAGCGCAGCGGACAGGAUUUGAGUCAGCGGGGCGGCAGCUGCCGCGUGGAGAGCGCCGAGGGCGGUGUGGACGAUGGCGGAGAGCGCGUCGACGAUCUCGGCCGACGAAGCGUCUCGUUUCAACACGUGGUGGUCGAUUCUUACGGCGAAAUGUUUGGACGGGAUUCGGCGAGCGCGGAAGAGCCGCGAGAGGGUGUAGAAUUCGGCGGUGCGGAUCCAGAGGGCCGUGCGGACGGCGAUUCUCCAGACGGGCGUGCAGGGGGCGCCGACUCGAUUUCUUUUUCCCUGCACGCGACGAGUGCGACGGGUGUACUAGCAGGCGUAGACCAACCUUGUUCUGUGAAUGAGCACGCAGCAUCGCCGCCCAAAUUAAACAGACACCCUGACAGAAUUAUAUCCGCACUGCCUCGCCCCGUGCGCCCGCAGACAGCCCCGUGCAAGAGCGCCGCUUCCCUCCGUCACUUCGACGCGCGCGAUCCCAUUUUUUCACGGCGCAAGGCCUCACCAGUGGCCCCUGCCGUGCUGCGCGAAUCGGUAGCCGCCGCCUCGGGCGAUCUCGAGCCGCAGCUCGCCGACGAGCCGCUUCUCGUCUCCGCGUCGGAGUGGUCGAGCGCCGCGCUAGCCAUUGUUGCGCCUCCCCCUCCGCCCAUUGACGCGCCCCUCGCGCUACCGUUACCGUCCCCGGUCGUGCCCCGCCCCCCCAGCAGCGACGGAGUGGGAAGCAGAAGCGUGCAGGUGGCGUCAGUGGCGCAGUGGUGCACGUUCAACAUCAUCAUGAUCCUCGUCAACAACGAGAUCUUCCAGCGGUACGGCUUCACCUUCCCGCUCACGCUCACCGCCAUCCACUUCGCGCUCUCAUUCGUUGGCGCCUUCACAGCCAUCGAGAUCCUGCACGUGUGUCCCAAGGCGGCGGUGGAGGCGGGGGAGAUGGUGGCGUGGGUGAUGCCCAUGGCGGUCGUCACGUGCUUCAACGUCGUGCUCGGCCAGCUCUCCCUGCGCUACGUGCCGCUGCCCGCCCUCCUCUCCACCAAGGCCCUCUCGCCCGGCCUCACAGUGGUGAUCCAGGCGUUGGCGCUACAGGCGGACUACGACUGGCGGCUGUGCCUCUCACUGCUGCCGGUGAUGGCGGGCGCCAUGCUGGCCUACGCGCCCUCCGUGCACUUCGCACUGCCCACGUUCCUGUCGGCGCUGUGCUGUGUGGUGCUGGGCUGUGCCACCGUCAUCUGUGCCGAGGUGCUGCUCAAGGGCAAACACUACAGCCUCGACUCCAUCAACGCCCUGUAUCAGCUGGUGCCCUACUCAGCGCUCAUCCUCGCGCCGCCAGCAGCGGUGCUGGAGGGGUGGCAGCUGUGGGGGUGGUUCGUGGCUCAGGCCAACCCCUGGCCCGCUGUCAUCGCCAUCCUCAUUAGUGGCUGCUUCGCCUUCUGCCUCAACUUUUCCCUCUUUUACACGAUUCAAAAGACCAGUGCGCUGACGUUCAAUGUGGCGGGCAACCUAAAGCUGGUGAUCACGCUCGUCUUCUCCUGGCUGCUCUUCCGCACGCCCAUGGCGCCCAUCAGCCUGCUCGGCUGCCUGCUGGAGCUCGUAGGCGUCGUGUGUUACGGCUGGGCUAUCUUCUCCCUACGCAAGCGGCAAGUGGAGAUCAUGCGAUCACCCUCGGCGCAGGUUAGGGUGGAGCAGGAGGCGAGUGAUGACAUUGUGCAGGUGUACCUAGGAGCCAUGCUGUGA